ACCUUCUUCUGAAACUCCUUUUCUCCUGCAAAUGUAAUCAAAUAAAUUUUCGUCAUGACAAAAGACAAAACGAAGAAACGAAAGAAAAUCGGACCUCUGUUCACAAAAAUCCCGGGAGCAAAAGACCCAAGGAAACAACUUGUUCCCGAGUUGGACAAACCAAUUUGCAAAGAAGAAGACUUGCUUGGAAUUGGAGUGCCUGAUGAGCCGCUAAUCGAUUUAACGGAUGGAGAAAAGGUCGUUGUUGUCGAAAUCAAAGUCGAACCCGAGCCGAUUAUAGAGAAAAAGGAACAAAAGCCAUUGAUCCCAAUUUUUAGAAAAGCUCCUCCUCCGGUAUUCAAGGAUGGUCGCUGGACCGACGACGAUGACGAAGACGAAGAAGAGACAGGAGUGAACGAAGAACCCGCGAAAGAAGUUGAAGAAGACCAAGAUCCGAGUUUCAAUUCAAGUUCCGAUUCAGAAUCUUCCAAAGACUCGUUCGACGAAUAUUUCACCGACACCAAGAAAAAGACAAAACCUCGUACAAAACGAAAAACUGACGACGAUGAAGACGAAAUAAUUCCUGGCUUCAAAAAAGCCCGCGAAUCACGUCACAAGUACAAUUACAAGGAAUCCAAAGGCGGUCCCAAGACAAUCUUUUGCAGUGUUUGCAAUAAUUAUUUCAAUCAAACGCCCGGACAUCCACAAAACUUCACGAAUCACAUUCUAAGUACGCAUGCCACAGCACUGGAGGAUGAAAAGUUUUCGUGUGGCAUUUGUAACAACACGUUGCGUGAUAAGAAGGCGCUCAAAGCUCACUUUAAUACGCAUCGAGCACUUGCCAAGCCCAAACAAUGCCCGACUUGCGGUCAAACAUUCACGGAAUACCGGAAAUGGCGCUCGCAUACCCACAAAGAUCGGUCGGUGGCGAGUCUUCCGCCGGAGAAACGGUGCUUCCCUUGCGAAAUGUGCGGAAAAAUUUGCUCCACGAGACCGAGUUUGCAAGCGCAUAUCCUGAAUAUUCAUCAGAAGAAGGGCAGAAAGUGUCGAUGGUGUCCGCGAUUGGUUCCUUAUGACGAAUGGGAAGAACAUAAGCAAAUGGAGAAGAUUAAGCAUAAUGUUAAUACGAAUGUGACAUGCGAAAUUUGUGGUGCUACGUUCACUUCGAAGGAUUCUGCUGCGAAUCACAGGAGGAAUUUUCAUCGCGAUCGCCCUGAACUCGAAUGUGAUAUUUGUCACAAAACCUUCAAAUGCAGCACAUAUCUCAGUCAACACAAGACCAACACGCAUGGCGAAAAGCGUUUCCAGUGUGCUUAUUGCCAUUAUCGCAAUUCCUACAAAUAUCUCAUCACGCAUCACAUCCGGAAAAAGCACAACAUGAAUCCCGAAGACAUCCCAGCUGACGCAAUAAUCGAACACGAGCAAGGUUCCGUGCCCGAACGUGAAAUCAGAGAACCUGUCGCCAAAUACGGGUCAAAAAAGAAGCAAAAAACGGAAGUAAUUGUUCAAAUUCAGCAACCUGUUCAAACAAUUAUCCAACAAUUGCCACAGCAGCAGCAGCAGCAACAACAACAACAAAUAAUUAUCACAAACACCUUGCCCCCGAAUGGCGUUCCGAUCGUCACGAUGCAACAUCAAACCAUGCACCAUCAGACCAUCGAUCCUCAUGCUGCUGCGAUGUGGGCUUAUGCUCAACGGGUGCAAGACGUGCGAAAUGAGCACGAUCAAAGUUCGAAUUCAAACUACUAAGUAGCUUCUUAAGGAGGAAGUAUUUACAAAAUUAUUUCGCUAAAUUCACG